AUGAAGCAACGGCGAUCCGCAGAAGUACCCGAUCAUCAACGGUUCAUAGGAGUGCGACGUCGGCAAUGGGGAUCAUGGGCAUCAGAGAUUUGCGCCUUAAACUAUACUUUUCGCAUGUGGCUUGGAACCUUCAAGACGCCCGAAUACGCAGCGUUCGUCCAUGACAUCGCUUCUCUGGCCAUUAACGGAGCAAGAGCCCGACUGAACUUUAUAUGGACCCGCAGAUAUGCGGCCAGAACGGCUGACAUCGAGAAGCGAUGCGUUGGCACGUCUAGCCAGAUUCAUAAGGCUGCUAUCCAUGCAGAAAUCAUGCUCAUAUGCAAGACCAUAAUGGCAGAACUUCCUUGCCUUCCGAUGUCAGCAAUUCAUGCCAAGAUGUCUAAUGCUGUUACAUCUGCAGAACCUGUUGAAACUCGGCCAUUGGUGGAUCAUUUCAACAACUGCGAAGCUGCAUCAUCCGUGACCUCUAUAAAUGUUGAGCCACAACUGUUCCAGGAGUCCCGUCGUCUCGACCUCUGUAAGUGCCCAUAA